AUGGAAGACGAGGACAAAAAAGCAUUAGCCGCCUUAAGCUCCGUUCCCCCUCCCCGCAAAAUCCACUCCUACAGCCAACAGCUCCGCGCCUCCUCCACCCCCAUAACCCGCGUUGCUAUACGUAAACACAGCCUCGAAUCACUCCCCAAUCCCUCCACCACCACCAUUGCUGACCACUUCUACGACUCGUCUGACGACGAGUUUUGCCCCAUUACAACCACCUCCUCCAAUAAUGUCAAAGAAGAUUAUGUUAACUUGAGUGCCGAAGGAAAUGCUAAUGACCAAAACCGACCCUUUCAGCCUUUGACUGAAUUCAUUGGCGCCGGCGGUGGCAGCGGAAUUUUUAAAGUACCUAAACGUGCCGCGGUUCAUCCCGGUCGCCCGCCAUGUCUGGAGCUUAGGCCUCAUCCUUUGAGGGAGACUCAGGUGGGGAAGUUUUUGAGGAACAUAGCAUGCACGGGACGGCAGCUAUGGGCGGGGCAAGAAAGUGGGGUGAGGUUUUGGAACUUGGACGAUACGUAUGAGCGUGGACAUGGGGUGGGGAUAAGAGUGAGGAGAGGAGAUGAGGAUGCGGCGCCGUUUCAUGAGUCGGUGAGCACUUCGCCGACGACUUGCUUGAUGGUGGAUAGUGGGAACAGGUUGGUUUGGACGGGACAUAAAGAUGGGAAGAUUAAGUCAUGGAAGAUGGACCAGCCCGUGGAUGAUUAUAGUCCUUUCAAGGAAGGAUUGUCUUGGCAGGCUCAUCGUGGUCCUGUUCUUUCUAUGAUUUUCAGCUCUCAUGGUGAUUUGUGGUCAGGUGGAGAAGGUGGUGUUAUUAAGAUCUGGCCAUGGGAAUCCAUUGAAAAAUCUCUUUCUCUUAAGCCGGAGGAAAGGCACAUGGCUGCUCUAUUAGUGGAGAGGUCAUUCAUUGACCUCAGGGCCCAAGUUACUGUAAACGGUACAUGUAAUAUAUCUUCUGCAGAUGUCAAGUGCUUGUUAUCUGACCAUGUUAGAGCUAGAGUAUGGUGUGCUCAGCCUCUUUCCUUUUCAAUAUGGGAUGCCCGUUCAAAGGAGCUUCUGAAAGUUUUUAAUAUUGAAGGUCAGAUUGAGAAUCGAGUUGAAACACAAUCGGUUCAGGAUCAACCUGUAGAAGAUGAGAUGAAGGUUAAAUUUGUUUCAUCAUCGAAGAAGGAGAAAUCUCAAGGCAGUAGCUUCUUGCAACGAUCACGUAAUGCAAUAAUGGGAGCUGCAGAUGCUGUUCGCCGAGUUGCAACCAGGAGUGCAGGGGCAUUCGUAGAAGAUACAUCCAAGAGAACAGAAGCGAUAGUUCAAACUGCAGAUGGAAUGAUCUGGACUGCGUGUACAACUGGCCUACUUGUGCAGUGGGACGGAAAUGGAAAUCGGAUGCUCGAUGUUACUCAUCAUCCUUGUCCUGUCCAAUGCUUUUGCACUUUUGGGACAAGAACAUAUGUGGGAUAUGUUAGUGGUGUAAUGCAAAUACUGGAUGUUGAGGGAAAUCUGAUAGCAUCAUGGGUUGCUUCUAGUAGUCCUCUGUUAAAAUUUGCUGUUGGGGAUGAUUACAUUUUUAGCUUGGCUAGUCAUGGUGGUAUACGUGGUUGGAGUAUCACAUCCCCGGGAUCUGUUGACAAUUUAAUAAGAUCAGAACUUGCAGUAAAAGAAGCAGUAUACGCAAGAAGAGAUGAUGUCAGAAUAUUAAUCGGAACAUGGAAUGUUGGGCAAGGAAGAGCCUCUCAUGAGUCACUUAUGACAUGGCUGGGUUCUGUUUCCUCAGAUGUUGGCAUUAUUGCUGUUGGUUUGCAAGAAGUAGAAAUGGGGGCAGGGUUCCUUGCAAUGUCUGCAGCCAAGGAAACUGUAGGACUUGAAGGGAGUGCUAUUGGGCAGUGGUGGCAGGACACAAUAGGAAAGGCCUUAGAUGAAGGAACAACUUUUGAACGUAUGGGUUCUAGGCAGCUUGCCGGCUUGCUCAUUUCUCUUUGGGUAAGAAAAAACCUCAGAACACAUGUUGGGGACGUUGAUGCAGCGGCAGUUCCUUGUGGCUUUGGUCGAGCAAUUGGUAACAAGGGAGGUGUAGGUUUGAGAAUCAGAGUGUAUGACAGGACUAUUUGCUUCGUGAACUGUCACCUGGCUGCACACUUGGAAGCAGUUAACCGGCGCAAUGCUGAUUUUGAUCACAUUUAUAGAAAUAUGGUGUUCAGCCGAUCGACAAAUCUGCUUAAUGCUGCUGCUGCUGGUGUCACAACUGCAGUUCACAUGAUUAAGGGUUCAAAUACUCCAAAUGCCCCUAAUGAAGAAGGGAGACCUGAUUUGGCUGAAGCAGAUAUGAUUAUAUUUUUUGGUGAUUUUAAUUAUCGACUUUUCGGUAUAUCUUACGAUGAAGCAAGAGACUUUGUUUCGCAAAGAUGCUUCGAUUGGCUGAGAGAAAAGGAUCAGCUCAGGGCUGAGAUGAAAGAAGGCAAAGUUUUCCAAGGAAUGCGCGAAGCAAUCAUAAGAUUCCCUCCUACUUACAAGUUUGAAAGACAUCGUGCCGGUUUAGCAGGAUAUGAUUCCGGGGAGAAAAAGCGAAUUCCGGCUUGGUGUGACAGAAUUAUAUAUCGUGACACUCGAGCGGGUGCAACAGCUGAAUGCAGUUUAGAUUGCCCUGUGGUCUCAUCAAUUAUGCUGUAUGAUGCUUGCAUGGAUGUGACUGAGAGUGAUCACAAACCUGUACAAUGUAAAUUCCACGUUAAAAUUGCCCAUGUUGAUAGAUCAGAAAGAAGACAAGUAUUUGGCGAUAUUUUAAGAUCUAACGAAAAGUUCAUCAAGUCUAAGCUUGAUGAAUUACGUUAUGUUCCGGAAACUACAGUGAGCACUAACAACAUAGUCCUUCAAAACCAGGAUACAUGCGUUCUUAGAAUCAACAAUACUACAAAGGACAAAGCCAUAUAUAGAAUCAUUUGUGAAAGUCAGUCCACUCUCAAGGAAGAUGGCAACGAUACAGCUGAUCAUCGUUUAAGAGGCUCCUAUGGCUUCCCCCGUUGGCUUGAGGUGGCACCAGCAGCGGGCGUAAUCAAACCUGAAAAUUAUGCAGAGGUAUCAGUACAUCAUGAAGAGUUCCAUACCUUAGAAGAGUUUGUUGACGGUAUUCCCCAGAACUGGUGGUGUGAAGACACCAGAGAUAAGGAAGUUUUAUUGGUGGUGUUAGUCGAAGGUUGUUGCUCAACUGAAACAGUACGGCACCCAGUUCGUGUACGCCACUGCUUGUCAGCCAGGACAGUACGCAUAGAGACGAAAUCAAAUGGUUCAAAUAAACAUAGAAGUUCAGUUGCGCGAUCAGAACUUCGCCAACUCAGCACUUCCUCAGAUAAAAGCGACCUAUGA